CCGGGAGACGCGGCCGGCCCAGGGCCGCCCUACGAGCCGUGGUUCUUCCGUGCUGCCGGCCGCCUCCCAUCUCAGCCCACCGGCGUUCCCAUGGAAAAAUCCAAAAAUUUCCGCAUCGACGCUCUGCUGGCUGUCGAUCCCCCGAAGGCGGCGGCGGCGGCAGCCGGGCAGAGCGCGCCGCUUGCUCUGGUCACCUCACUGAGCGGCAGCAGUAGCAGCGGGAGCGGCAGCCCGCCAUCCUCCUCCUCUUCCUCGUCCUCUUCAUCUUCCUCGGAGCAUCCUGCUGGUGGCCCCGCCGACUGCCUGCGCACUGACAGCCCCUCUCCGCCUCGCAUCCUGGCCGCUCACUGCACCCUAGUCCCCAAACCCGGCUUUCUGCCCGGUACUGGCGCCGGCUCUCAUCCGCAUCACCACGCCUCGGCAGCCGGCAUGGCCUUGGGACUGCACCCCGCCGCUCCUGGCGGGGCGGGCAUGCCGGCGCAGGCAGCCCUCUACGGGCAUCCCGUGUACGGGUACUCGGCGCUGGGCGGGCAGCACCCGGCCCUCUCCUACUCCUACUCGCAAGUCCAAGGAGCGCACCCAUCGCACCCAGCCGCCGACCCCAUCAAGCUCAGUGCCGGCACUUUCCAGCUGGACCAGUGGCUGCGGGCCUCCACCGCCGGCAUGAUCCUGCCCAAAAUGCCCGACUUCAACUCCCAGGCACAGUCCAACCUGCUGGGGAAAUGCCGCCGGCCGCGCACGGCCUUCACCAGCCAGCAGCUGCUGGAGCUGGAGCAUCAGUUCAAGCUCAACAAGUACCUCUCCCGGCCAAAGCGCUUCGAGGUGGCCACGUCGCUAAUGCUCACCGAGACUCAGGUGAAGAUUUGGUUCCAGAAUCGGCGCAUGAAGUGGAAGCGCAGCAAGAAGGCGAAGGAGCAGGCGGCACAGGAGGCCGAGAAACAGAAGGGGAGCUGCGGAGAGGAUAAAGGGGAUGAGGACCUUCUUCUGCCCGUUCCGGAGAAGAGCGGUGGGAGGAGGAUGCGGGAGCUGGCCGACAGCGACCCAGAGGACGAUGAAGAUGAGGAGGAAGAAGAGGAGGCAACAGUGUCAGCUGCUGGGAGGUGCUGUCCCUACCAUUCCUCCGACUGCUCCGAGGCUGACGAGGAGGACACGAAACCCCGAGGCCGGCACGGAACCCCGGCGCAGCCCCAGUGAGCCUUCCCCGCAAGCCCUGCUUCCUCCAGACGCGGGCUCUGCCCGUCCCGCCCCGGGGCCAGCCCCACCGCUCCCGGUAGGCACCAGCCCGGCUCCUCCGCCCUAUUUCCGAUUUCUCCCUGCUUGGAGGGAGAUGAAGAAAAGGAUGCUCCGCAGGCCAGGCAGGGAAGAGGAUUUGCGGUGCAUACAGUGUUAUUGUUGACUGCAGAUCAGACAAAACUUGAGCCUCCCCAUCCCUGCCUCCCACAAAAAACGUGUUCCUUUUACUGAGUAUUGAAAAUGUUUUGUUCUUGCUAUAUAUCGGGAAAACUGUUUAUGUGAUGAAUGUUAAGACUGCUGGGAAUCUGAAUACUGUCUUUAUUUUUAUAUAUUGUAUUUAUAUUAAAAAAAAAAGCCUCUACUUAUGCAUGCUAAAUUAUUCCCCAGACACUCCCACCUGUGCGAUGGGGUGGAAAAUAAACGACGUUUUGUACUUCA